AUGUCACAAACAGAAAAUGCAAAAAAUGAUAUGCUUAAUAAAUGUAUUGAAUAUUGUAAAGAAAGUCAGAAACAAUUAAGGAAAACUGAAGAAUUUCGACAAGCAUAUAAUGCUAAUGAUGCUAUUCGAUGGUAUACUGAUGAAAGUUUCCUUUAUCAACGUGUUAAUCGUGCAUUAAGAAGUGAAGAUAUUGAUGAAUUAUAUACAUAUCGUUUUUAUAUUAUUGAUCUGUGUACACAAUUAUCUAAGGAAUAUCAACAAAAUUUAAAUAAACAUCAAAUGUUAAAAUUAUAUAGAGGUCAGUUAAUGUCAAAUGAAGAAUUAGAAAAACUACGAAAUAAUAUUGGUAAUUUAAUAUCCACAAAUGGAUUCUUUUCAACAACACGUGAUAUCAAUGUAGCACGAUUAUAUAUUACUUCUAAUAAAAAAUCUGUUCUAUUUGAAAUUGAUGCUGAUCCUCAAUUAAAACAUGUUGUUUUAGCUGAUAUUCAAAAGUUUAGUCUUAUCCCGGAUGAACCAGAAGUACUUUUUAGUAUUGGUGCAGUAUUUGAAAUUAAAAAUGUAUAUUUUGAUGAACAAUUUCAUUUGUGGAAAAUCUGUUUGACUACAAGUGAAGAAGGGCAAGAAAGUAUCAAACAAUAUACUGAUAUACAGAAGAAAGAAUUAGGCAUAAGAACUGUACAUAUUAUAUAUGGACGUCUUCUCAUUCGUGUUGGUGCUUAA